AUGAUGGACGCCGGAGGAGGAGGGGUGCGGUCGCAGGGGGUCAACCCGGACUGCCCCAACGCCGCUAACCCCUUCCACCGCUGCGCCGACUACUGCCUCGUCCCCGCCCCGGCCGCCAACAAAGCCGCCUCCGCCGCCGCCGCCGCGCGCGGCAAGCCGGCCCCGCCUCGUCCGAGGACGACGAUGGUGGCGCAGAACGGGACAGCCAAGCACGGAGACGGAGCUGCGCGUGUCGUUCCCGCCGCCGACGCGGAGGAGGGCGGAGGCGAGAGGGAGGAGUCGCGAGCGGUCAACCCGGGCUACCUGACCAGUAAGACGUCUCCGCCUCGUCAGGGGCCGGCGCCGGUGCUGGGCUACGCGGCGCAGAACGGGACCGCGCGCCGCAACGACGAGGGGGAGUGCGAGAUUACCGUCGUCGAUGACUCGGAGGAGCGAGGCGAGAGCGUCGAGGACUACGGAGCGGAGGAGGUCAGCGGCGGCAGGACCAGGACGAGCGCCCGGUCGCCGGCCACGGACGGGGAGGUCGGCGGCGGCAGGACGAGGACGAGCGCCCGGUCGCCGGCCACGGACGGGGAGGCCGGCGGAGAGAGGCAGUGGCAGGCGGUAAACCCGGACUGCCCCAACGCCGCCAAUCCCUUCCACCGCUGCGCCGAGUACUGCCCCGUCCCCGUUCCCAAGGUGCCGCCGCCGCCGCCACGUGGAUACGAGGGGAGCACGCACAGCGACCCUGGCGCGCUGAAUCCCAGGCCGCGCCGCCGCGACAAGGGCGGCUCCGGCAGCCUCCCCCUCUACGUCUUUCUGCGCGAAGGUUCCGAUGGCGACGGCAAGAAGGUGGAUCCCCGCUGCCCCAACGCGCCCAACCCGUUCCACGUCUGCACCGACCACUGCCUCGCCAAGAUAGCCGACGCCGGCCGCUCGUCGGAGGGCGCCAAGUCGCCCAUUUCCCUCUUCUCCCGCCACUCCCGCCGUUCCUCCUCGUCCUCCGAAGAUGGUAGCUUGAAGUCCCCGGGGAGUAGGAAGGUGGAUCCAAAGUGUCCGAAUGCCGGCAAUCCAUUCCAUGAAUGUGGUGAGCAUUGUGCCACCAAGAUGCAGCAGGCAGAGCAGCACAAGGGGGUCAAUAUCAAAUCACCACGCAGAAAAGGGGGAAAGAAUGCUGCAGUGAUUCCCAACUGGAAGGUUGAUCCAAGGUGCCCUAAUGCGUCCAAUCCAUUCCAUGUGUGUGCCCAGUAUUGCUUUGAUCAUCUGAGUGAAACAGCACAGACGAGUGCAACCAAGUCAGACAAGAGAAGAGGCAAGGAUGUUUCUAAAGAUGAGCAAAGAGGAGAAAUCAACCCUGAUUGUGUCAACGCAUCCAACCCCUACCACAAGUGUGGUGACCACUGCAAGAGAAAAGGGUGA